AUGGCCCCCGCCUGGCUCGAAAAGUUCAUCGUCCGCGUGGACGCAACCCCGGACAAACGCCGCAGCGAAGAGACGCCUGGUCUGGAGAUACACUACGCCGCGCUUGAAAACCACCGCCGCGUCCUCGGCGUCAAGAGCGACAAGGCACCACGCUACGAAGUAAAACGGCAAGCCGUCCUCGGGGCCUGGGGAGAUAAGUGCCAUGUUGCAUCACCAGCGGAUGGAGGCCAGGAAAUAGCCAUCAUCGAUUUCCAUGCGGUACCUCCUCACACCGAGAUUCAAAUUUUACGAAAUGGACGCAAGAUCAACAUCAAAACGAAUGAGGGACACUACGAGACCAGCGAAUUUGGUCGCUUGCACUGGAAGGCGACGGGUAUGGAGGCCUAUGGCCGGGCGUCGUGGGAGCUGAGGGAUGCUUCGGAACUGGUCUUGUCGGUCACGAUUGACGAUCACCAAGUGAAUGGAAUCAUCAGUGUCUGGAAGAAAGAUCUCGACCCGGAGACUGUCGAGGAGCUUGUGAUAGUCGGUCUUUCCAAGAUUGAGGAGUACAGAAGAAUGAUGCGGAAUGCUAAGAAAGCCACUGUAGGCGUCGCUGCCAAUGCGACGUGGUUGGCGCUGUAG